GGGACAACCCGAGGUGGCACCGUUUCCCCGUGCACGGAGGAUCGGGAUCUCGGUCUUGCCACUCGCGGCGGAGGACACAGGUCACGGAACCCGUACUGCGUACACCACUGCGACUGCGAGUCGCCCUCGAACCAACCCCCCCGUCCCCUCCCCGUGUCAGCGAGCAAAGACCGCGCGGCGCGAGCCACGAGGGUGGUCAGGUCAUCCCCGUUUCUCCCUAGUUCCCCACACCCAAGUACGGACACUCUCCCACUCCCCGCACGCCGACUCCGCGCCGGCCAGAUCACAGCCGCCGCCGCCGCUCUCAAGACGGCCCCGCCGCAGCGGGCGCGAGGAGGACGAGAUGAAGCCCAAGAGCCUCCCGUUCAUCGCCUUCGAGCACAAGCGGGAUGCAUAUGGCUUCGCCGUGCGGCCCCAACACUUGCAGCGUUACAAGGAGUACGCAGGCAUCUACAAGGAGGAAGAGGAGGAGAGAUCUGAUAGAUGGAAGAGUUUUCUGGAGAGGCAGACUGAGUCGUCUGGACAAGAUAUUGGUGAGAAUGCUAAGGGUGGUGGUUCUGAAUCACCGCAUGAGAAGACUGCCCCAGGGCUGCGGAAGAUUGAAAUAUGGACGCCAAUUAGGCUGUCCCUGAGCAACAUCGAGCAGAUGAUGAGUCUGCGUGUCAAGGAGAAGCAAUCUUCUGCUGGCAAGCAGCAAGCAAAUGAUGGAACUCAUCCCAUGAAAGUCGAACAGGGCAAGUUGUCAGAGGACUCAGAUGACGAGUUCUAUGACGUAGAUAAGGUUGAACCUACCCAAGAAGUGCAUUCAGGUGAUACUGCGAAUGCUGAUGUUGGAAGUAGGAGUCAAGAAGAAAAUUGUAUUUCCAAGGAAGAGUUGGAGUGUCUUGUCCAUGGUGGAUUACCAAUGGCUUUGAGGGGAGAGCUAUGGCAAGCAUUUGUUGGUACUGGAGCUCGUAGAGUAGAAGGGUAUUAUGAUGAUCUUGCAACAGAAGGUGAAUUAAAAAAUACCAAAUGUUCAGAUUCUUCAACAUCAGAAGGUGUCCAUGAAAUGUGGAUAGGGCAAAUAGAGAAGGACUUGCCCAGAACUUUUCCAGGUCAUCCUGCUUUAGAUGAGGAUGGAAGAAAUGCUUUGAGACGCUUGCUUAUAGCUUAUGCUAAACACAACCCAUCGGUUGGUUACUGCCAGGCAAUGAAUUUUUUUGCUGGUCUCUUACUUCUACUGAUGCCGGAGGAGAAUGCAUUUUGGACAUUGGUAGGAAUUAUCGAUGACUAUUUUGACGGCUACUUUUCUGAAGAAAUGAUCGAGUCACAGGUGGAUCAGCUUGUUUUAGAGGAGUUAGUCCGAGAGAAAUUCCCUAAACUAGCAAAUCACCUGGAUUACCUCGGACUUCAAGUUGCAUGGGUUACUGGGCCAUGGUUCUUAUCCAUCUUCACAAAUGUGCUUCCCUGGGAGAGUGUUCUCCGUGUCUGGGAUGUGCUUUUGUUUGACGGAAACCGAGUGAUGCUGUUCCGGACAGCUCUUGCGCUACUGGAGUUUUAUGGCCCAGCACUUGUGACUACAAAAGAUGCCGGUGAUGCAGUUACCCUUUUGCAGUCUUUAGCUGGUUCCACUUUUGACAGCAGCCAGCUUGUCUUGACAGCUCGCAUGGGAUAUCAGUCUGUAAAUGAAACAAUAUUGCAAGAGCUGAGGAAUAAACACCGCCCAUCUGUUAUAUUUUCAAUGGAAGAAAGAGCGAAAGGUCUAAGUGUUUGGACAGACACCAAUGGUCUUGCAUCAAAGCUAUAUAAUUUCAAACGUGAUCCCGAACCGCUGGUUUCAAUAAGUGAUUCCGCAGACCAGCUGAGUGAUGUGGGAGAUGGGGAUGUCAAUCAAGAAAGUAAUCCUGGAAACAUGGAUGAUAUGUAUGGUGGCGUGACAGUCAAUUCUGAGAUUGAUUCUUUGCCUGAUCCAAAGGACCAGGUUGCCUGGCUGAAGUUGGAGUUAUGCCGAUUGCUAGAGGAGAGAAGAUCAGCUGUUCUCAGAGCUGAUGAACUAGAAACAGCACUGAUGGAAAUGGUUAAGGAAGAUAAUAGGCGCCAAUUAAGUGCAAAGGUUGAGCAGUUGGAACAAGAAAUAUCUGAACUAAGACAGGGCCUGUCAGACAAGGAGGAACAGGAGCAAGCAAUGUUUCAGGUCCUGAUGCGUGUAGAGCAAGAACUGAAAAUUGCAGAGGAAGCCCGCAUCUCUGCUGAGCAGGAUGCUGCUGCUCAGAGAUACGCUGCUAAUGUUCUACAGGAAAAGUACGAGGAAGCUAUGGCUUCACUUGCUCAAAUGGAGAACAGAGCAGUAAUGGCUGAAACAAUGUUAGAGGCCACAUUGCAGUACCAAUCUAGCCAGCAAAAAGCAAUGUCCCCCUGCCCUUCUCCUAGAACAUCAAUGCUAGAUGCAUCCCCUAGUCAGGCAAGCCACAAUUCAUCACAGGAGUUCCAGCCCAGAAGGAAAAACUUGCUUGGCCCGUUUUCACUGAGUUGGCGUGAUAAGAACAAGGAAAAACAGAACAAUGCUGAUGACUCCACAACCACCAAAUUUAGUAACAAUAAUGAUGAAAGGGUAGAAACAUCCAACAAGGAAAAUGAGAAGCAGAGAGAAACACUAAAGCCAGAUAAUGAACAGACAGCAGAACCAUCCAAAGAAGAUGGCAAGCUGAGAGCAGAGACACCCGAGAAAGACAACGAACUGCCAAGGGUCCAAAUAACCACGAGUGGUAUGAAUGGAGAGCAUGAACAGCUGCAAGAAAUAACAUUGGAUUGACAACCACAAGUUCACCUUUUUCAAAAUAUCUUCACCCCCCUGGUAUAUUGGUAUAUGUUGUGAUCUGAUCAUGCAGUGACAGUUGAGGCAACACAGGGUGGCUUGAGUUUUGAAAUAUUCAUGUCAUUUAUUGCUGUACCUAUUCGUGCACACACUGUAUUCGCUCCUCCCCCUUGUCCUUUGUGGUUUCUCAAUUUUUUUAACUACUACUUCUGUAGGUCUACAGGGUUGUUUCUUCUCUCCAUUUUUUUAUAACUUGAGAAGAGAAAGGAAGUUAUAUGGUUGUCUAUUAGUUGUCACCUUCUGAUGUAAAAAUUCAUGAGAAGAAUUGUACGAAAUGAAUGAGAAUUCUUGGCAAUUAUGACA